ACGGCAACCCCCCAAGCCAUGCAAAGCACCAUCCACGGCCUGACCGCCGCGCUCGUCGCCGCCGCCAAAGCCCACGACCCAGCCCUCACCACCCCAACCAUGGUUCCCAUCCUCCGCGGCGCGCUGCCCAUGUUCGUCGCCGCGGCGUCCCUCUUCGCGGCGACCACCUGCGUGCUGGCCCGCUGCAGCAAGAAAAAGGGCACCCAGGACGUCGUGGUCGAGUGGCCCGGUCGACGGCCCUUCCCCGCCGCCGCAGACGAGGGCAAGCUCGUCGUGCUGGACACGCUGGUCGCGACGGGCGACACGCUGGUGGCGCUGUGCGAGGAGCUGUGGGCGAUGAGCAGUGGGCGGGCGGAGCGGUCGGUAGCGGUGCUGUGCUGCUAUGCGGCGCCCGAGGCGUUGGAGAGGGUCGCGGCCUGUCCCGUGGUGGAGUAUGUAAUUGUUGCGGCCCGGGCGGAGCGCUGUGACGACGCCGGGUAUCUGGUCCCCUAUACCCAUGGCGAUAUCGGGGAUAAGAUCUACGGCGCGGCGUGGAAGGGCGCAGAGCAGCCUGCGAGGCCCGUCGUGGCGGAAGGGGAGGAGGACGUCGAGGGUGUUGCUUCGGGGGUCGAGGGCUUGCUGGUCCGGAAUGGCGGGCUCUGGACGUUGACGGACGAUGGCUUGGGUAUUGAGCGCGAGAUUCGGUUCCCUUCGUUUAAGAAGGCCUGGGCUUUCAUGCAGCGGGUGGCUGAGGCGGCGGCGACGUAUCGCCAUCAUCCGGAGUGGUCGAAUGUCUACAACAAGGUCUCGAUCCGCUGGACCACGCACCAGCCGAAAGGAUUGACCCGGUUGGAUGUGCAGCUGGCGCAGCUCUGUGACAGUUACUGCGAACCGUAG